AUGGCUCUUGCUUACAGGAAGAAGAGGUGGAGAAGUUUGGGAUCUCUGAGCCAGGGCAGCACAAACUCGAACAUGCUGGAUGUACAGGGAGGUGCUCACAAAAAACGUGCCCGACGCAGCUCACUUCUGAAUGCCAAGAAGCUGUACGAGGAUGCCCAGAUGGCGAGAAAGGUGAAGCAGUACUUGUCCAACCUGAAUGUAGAGACAGACGAAGAAAAGAUCCAAAUAUUGUCACUGCAGUGUGAGCCUGCAUAUAGCACUCUGACAAAGAAUUUAAGUGAGAGAAGAGGAGCGAAAUCCUCAGAAAUGUCUCCAGUACCCAUGAGAUCAAUUGGCCAAACCACUAAAGCCCAUCAGCAUCAACAAAACAGGAUGAGUCAAGUUCUUCAGGUUCCAACUGUGAAUUUAUACCCCAGUAGGAAAAAGGGACUGGCAAAGGAUCAUGUCACAUUCAGUACAGGCUCCCCACAGAAAUCAUUAAGCUUGUCUGAGGAAGUAAAUAGUAAGAAACAAACAGAUGACACUAUGUCCAUGGCAUCUUCUUUGCACUCCAGCCCACCUGCUUCUCCUCAGGGCUCUCCACGCAAAGUUGGUAACAUCCAAAGGUCGGAUAACUGCAGUCAGAUGAAUCUCUCUGGCUCUUCCUCAUCACUCGCCAGUGAAACCAGCAACAAGAACAGUGGACAGCGCAGCUACGGAAUAGGCUACGCCCUCAUACCUUCCACUAAAUCUGAUAACUUCUCGGACUCCAGUCACAGUGAGAUUUCAUCCCGGUCCAGCAUCGUGAGCAACUGCUCAGUGGACUCGAUGUCGGCAGCGCUGCAGGACGAGAGGAGUUUGUCCCAGUCUCUCAUUGUGGUGGAUUCGGGGGGGGCAGAGAGAAAAGAGCAUCCUCAGCCGCUGGCUGAUUACGGGCAGCCGUGCCCAGGCUGGUCAAUCACUAGGCCUGCUCUCAUCAGAGGGAUGGCUUUCACGUCCUCCAUGAGCAACGAGGAGAUCUCCCAUGAACAUAUCACGGUAGAGGCAGCAGAUAGCGGCCGGGGAAGCUGGACUUCAUGCUCAAGUAGUUCUCAUGACAACUUCCAGAAUAUCCCAAACCAGAAGAGCUGGGAUCUCCUCAAUUCUUACCGUCACACCCAGCUGGACGGACCUAUAGCUGAAGUCGAUCCCACAAACUGUUACUCUGAGGAGGCUUAUUUGUAUUCUGAAGCCUUUUCCAAAACCAACAGGCAGUCGAAAGCCAGCGUGGAGCUCGAUCAGUCCCGGCAGAGCUGGGCCUCCUCCAGUUCCCUGUCGGACACCUACGAAACAAACUAUGGGACAAUUAAGCGGAGGGGGCUGGAGAACUCUACAGCAGAGCAGACGGAGGUUUUGGACUCUAAACCAGGCACUGAUACAACUUACAAAACUGUUACUUCGAGUACAGAAAAAGGCCUGAUAGUGUACUGUGUCACCUCACCUAAGAAGGACGAUAGGUAUAGGGAGCCACCGCCCACCCCUCCGGGAUAUAUGGGGAUUUCUUUAGCGGACAUAAAGGAAGGAUCGCCCCACCACCCACACCUAAAACCUCCAGACUAUAGUGUGGCAGUGCAGAGGUCAAAGAUGCUGCACAGUGACCUCUCUAGACUUUCAUCAGCUUCUCUCGGUAGUGAACCGGUGGCCUGUAUUUCAUCGAAGAUGCCUCAGUGGCAUAGUCGGCAGCCGUCCAACCCCAAACUAGCAGAUAUGACUGACGCAGAUAGUGAAGAGGAUGGUAUGUGCAACACCUGA